UCGUUGUCUGGCCUCCCAAGUCCCCUUCUCGCUCCUCCCCCAGAAUUGCUCUCGCUCUUGACCCGGCAUUUUAUUUCUCCUUCGCCAUCCAGCAAGCAACAACUCAUCAACAAUCCUCCAUCCUGCUCUCCACUCCUUUUCACGCAUUGCGUCGCGUUUGUGUUCUUGGUAUUGUCCGGCUUCGAAUCUCCUCUCAAAACUAUACGCCUAAUCCCUAUUAAUUCCUCCCGCCAUCCCUUUGCAGUCGGACAUCAUGGGUUUGCCCAUGUUUCGAGAGCCUGAAGAGGCUGCAGCAGAAGAAGCCGCUCUGAAACUCGAUCAAAUCGCAGCCACUAGGCGCUCUACUAUUCGGCGCGAAUCCAGUGUGCGGCCGGGUCGCAUAACCUCCUCACGCUCCCUGCUUGAUCGCAUUAGAGAAACCCGUCGUGAAGCCACCAAUGAACAAAGAAAUACUUCGUCCCUGCAACCAUCGGCGCGCUCACAGCGCGACUCCGAACGCGACAUUUACGAUCUCGACGCGGAUCUCGGCCGUCUGCGCUCUCUGCGCAUGAGACAGCGCGCCCGCGCAAACCAACUCGAGCGCGAUAUAAACAGGCGUAGUGACCGCGUCCGCCUCGCCGACCCUAUGUUCCGGCAUGAUGCGAGCCUUGAUUUAUCGCCACCAGUCGACCCGAGUCUUGAAAGCGCCCUAGGCCCUUCGUUUCCCAGCCCCGAUGAACUGAUUGCGCAGCAUCUCCCUCGUCCUUCGCGAGAAUCCGGCCUGAGAUUUGAAGUCGCAGCAUCGUCACAGUCAGAAACGGAAACGUCGCGCCAACCACGACUAUACUCCGGCCGCACUACGCGAGUUCCCAGUCCCUCUGCUCUGAGACGAAUCAGGUCCACGCUGAUGCAUGCCAGCCGAGCGGCCAGCUUGGACAACGACCUCGACGAUUACGGAGUCGCUGCUGCUACGCUAACUCCUGGGUUUGCCCCUGCCCAGGGCGCCGCUCAUUCGAGCGCAGAAAACCUAGGAGACGAUCGGGCUAGAAGAGCAGAGUACGGAACGUUGGACGGGUUCAUGGAUUUGGACGUGUCGCCAGCGGACGGCCACGACGCCUUAUACCCACCGCUUCGACGUGUCAAUCACGCAUCUCCUCGCCCAGUUAUAGGAGCUGGCUCGAGAAUCGACGGCCUUGGUGACCGCAUGCGCAGUCCGAGUCCGGCAUCGGAUAACCCUGAAGAGGAGAACUGGACGACACUUUUGACGACCAUGGAUCCUGGACGAUCGACCGCCGCAGCGUCUUUUAUGUCGUCAAAUUCGGAUUCACGGUCCGGCUCGAAUCGCUCGUCCCAAGCCACUAGCGCCGCUACCAGCUUCGGCGAGAUUGCGGCCGAUGAUUCUUGUGACCUUGAUCUCCCGUCCGGCAUCACCGAGGCAGAUGUGCGCGAAAUCCGAGCCCGCCAUGGCAGAUUACGGAGGGAGCCGCCGUCCCGCUCGGACGAGUCUGUUCACGACGCCAUCAACAACCGGAAUGUGUCUCGUGGCGGUGGUAACGACAGAAUCCUCGAGUUGGAAGUGUUCAGCGUCAUUUUGGAUCGCAUGCAGCGGAGAGAGGAUAUCCCUGAGGAAUGGUGGGCUGCCGUGGGACUUUCUCCGGACGUCGUUCGGGGCAGUGCUUGAAGUGCGCUAUAAAUCCAUGUUGGCCGCCGAUACGUGUGCCAACUGAGCCAAACGCUGUCAUCAAGUCGGAAUGUGACGAGAAAGAGAAUAGUUAGCCCGGGAGACGCACACUUGGUUACCUUCUACAACAUGAACAAGGCGUCGUCUGCUACUCGUUGGCCAGACUUGGGGCACUCUCCAUCGAGAAUCGCCCCCGACUUCAGAGGAAGUCUUGUUUUGGUCCUGAGACACGUUCAUCCGUCCAAUUCUUCCGAGGAGAAAAGUGUCUCGACUACCAGUACAUUUUCUAUAUCAGAAACGUGUGUCGUCUUGUCGAUCAGAGCCAAAAAGGCGGGCAGGCAGACAGGCUUUGGCCAGCACACGGGAGGUAUACCUUGCACUUCUGGGGUCUAGAGAGAUCUUCUCAGGCCUGUCUGUAUACAUGAGUGAAAUUUGUCAAGGAAUUGCUCGAUGUCUUGGGGCGAUCUGCUGCAGUGGCACGCCAGGCCUUUUGGUCGUGAGGGCUUCAAGGAGAACUUCGGCUUUUCAGAAGUGAACCUUACAAAGGCUGGACCUUUGGUUUUUCUCUGUUGAAAAGCAGGCGAAACGACGUGGAACGGAAUGCCAAACCGAGAUGGACGGGGAGCGAGUGACUGCUUCGCAUCGCAGAAAUACACCAUUCUGCUACCAAAGCGCCGAGUCGUGGGGGACCAUAGAAGACGAGAGAUGACGAUGAUACCCACUGGCAGGGUGUCUUACCAUAGGUACUUUCUGUCGUUUCGUUCAUUGGAUGGAAUGAUGAGUUGAUACCUACACUACCUGCCAUACCUGCCUAUAGGUACCUACCUAUAGGCAGAUACCUACUGUACAGUAUAGUACAGUACAACUUGUACAUUGUAUAUCUUAUACAGCGUGUGGGCGCCGGCGCCGGGAUGGAUUGGAUUGGAUGAAUGGGUGGAUUUUACAGUGGACGAAAAGAGCUUGAACCCGAAAAAGAAAAGUCAUUGAAAAAUACAAUAUGUCCGGCAAGUUUCUGGUCAUCCUGCAUUACUAAUAGUCCAUCCAUCCGUAAAGCUCUUUGUCCACCGGCAUCCCUGCAUCAUAGGGGACUAUACAAUGGCCACGAUCACUAUCGGAUACACCAGGCUCGCUCACGCACUUGAUAUAUGGGGACUAUUCCGUCCCUUAUUAUUAUUAGGCACUUCCUGGCAUGCUGCGACGCCUGUCACGGCUUACAUGGGUUUCAGAAUACCAGGGGCACUCAGAGCAAGAUAUCGAUCCUGGCAAGCUGAAUCUGUCCAGUCGCGCCCUGGCUGGCUCCCAAAGCCAGAGCGGCGGCAGCGCCACUGCAUUGCCAUACCGCUGAGCACAGAUAUUGCUAUUCACUGGCACACUGGGAAGAGGGCUGCCUUCGCUGUCUGCGUCUCCUGUGGCCUGGCUGCAAAUGUUGCAGCGUUUUGUGAACUCCUUGCCGUAUCUGCCGUCCAUGCGGCGUCAAAACCACAACCGUCAGGGCAAGGCAAGCGUCGACAGCCAAACCCACCCUGCCUUCCUUCUGCCGCACCACAUCAUCGAUCACCUCUUUAUCAAGGUUGGGAAACAUGCCACACAAGGUCUCCACUACCGUCCUAUGCUCUGCUAGUUGUAUCCGCCGGGCUUCGGCAGCCUCGGCGCUUGCUUGUCUUGCAGCCGCUUCUUGGGCAUUGUAGGUAGCCACGCCUGCUUCACGCGGAGGUUGGAACACGGCCGGACUCAAUCGACCAGCAUUCUGCGAUGGCACUGGCACGUUGGACGGCGACGACCUGCGCUCUUGAGAUGUCUCUUGUUCCGAGAAUAUCUUCCCAAUGGUUGAAAGAGGUCGCUGAAUGACCCCUUCGAGUAGGGCUGCUGGACGUCACAUCCAAGGAGUUCCUCGGAGUGAGCUCGGGCUCAGCGAUGCUCGACUUUUCUCGAAAUGUCACAGGCGGGUUGACCACUUCAGCCUCUCUGUUCUGGGCGGCAAUUUGGGACACCGCAAUCUCGACGUUUCGUUCAAACUCCUCGUCGCUCACGGUCAAGCUCGUGCGAUCCAGGUUUUCAAUGAACUGGAUUGCUCCAGAUAGAGAAGACAGGUAGUAUCCUGCCUCGCCGCCGAGCUUAUCCUGGUUCCGAAAUCGGAGGAUAUACUGUACGUUGGAAACAAGGUGCUCUGGAUUAGCCUGAAGCACAACGUAUAUCAGAAGUGGCACGAAGGCGUCUGCCGAGGUAUCCGCACUCUUUGUGUUUUUCAGCAACCCAAAGAUGACUUUGCAGCAAUUCAAAACGCAGAUGACUUUGUCUCGAGGAGCACGAUAUCCUUUGAUUUUCAGCAGUUCCUGUUGGGCCAAUUUGAGAAACCUUUCUCCGUUGGGCCCCACUGGCUCAAGAUCAAGGUGCUGUUCCCUCACCCAGCUGUAGAUCCGAAUCUUCUGAGCAAGGAUUUCAUCUCG